AUGUUUCGAUAUGUUCCUACAGUUGAAUCUAAAGAAAAAAGAAAGAAAGAACAAACUGACACCUACCUGGUAUUUACACUUACUUCAGGUACAAGCAUUGCAGACAAGCAUCCCACAGAAGCCAUCAGAAAAAGCAAGAAACUAGCAUUCCAAGAGGAGGACAUUGCCAUUUCACCUUCCAUGUAUUCUGACCAGCUAGAUGUUCCCAUUAUUAAUCCAACAACCCCAGGUACAACAUAUCCAACCCCUACGAUGGAUAGCCCCCCGCCACCAUCUACCACACAGCCAAUAACGAACCCUAGUCCAUACAUGAAUCCUAACCCAAACCCAAAUCCUAAUCCAAACCCAAAUCCAAACCCAAACCCAAACCCAAACCCAAACCCAAACCCAAAUCCAAAUCCAAAUCCAAAUCCUAACCCAAACCCAAACCCAGCCCCGAGCAACAAUCCGGGGCCUUCUACUGGGGGGACUUGGUGUGUAGCCAGUCCCACUGCUUCAACAACUGCUCUGCAAGUAGCACUGGACUAUGCGUGUGGCUUUGGAGGUGCAGAUUGUUCAACUAUUCAGUCUGGCGGAAGCUGCUACGAUCCAAACACAAUUAAAGACCAUGCUUCCUAUGCUUUCAAUGACUACUACCAAAAGAAUCCAGCUCCCACAAGCUGUGAUUUUGGAGGAACAGCACAGCUUACUUAUACUGACCCAAGCUCUGGGAACUGUCACUAUGCAUCAUCAAAAUCAACCCCUACCACACCACCUGCACAGCCACCCCCUACCCUGCCACCCCCUUCUCUGCCACCUCCAAGCACAAUGACGCCAAUAAAUCCAAACACCUCAGGUGGACAGAAUGGUUUUGGUUCUGAACCAACAGAUUAUGGUGCAGAACCAACAAGUACCCCCAGUGGAGCAGAUAAUUUAUCAAGCAACUUCCAGUUUCUCUUUGCCGUGGCCUCUUUCAUGGUGGCAGUUACAGCAAUUCAUUUCUAA